AUUGUGUGAGUGACAGCGUUCUCACCAGAGUUCUUCACAGUCUGCACCACAUGUCCGUGAACCUCUUUGAAGACUUCCGCUGCAGGAGGUGCUUGUGAUGCUUUAGGUAGAUAAAUAGUGUUCAAGCAAGUUCCUGUCUACGGUUUCCUCCUCUCAGGCACACAAACUGCUACUUCAGUAGAAAUAUCAAACCAAAAGAUUCAACACACCAAGGCAGCUCAUAUAAAUCAGUAAUAUCAAAUUCACAAAGGUCACCUCGCCGGGCCUACAGGCAACACAAAUCUUCUAUCAUGGUUGAUAACGUCGUCUCAAAGCCUCUCCGGUUAGUUUUGAUCUUCACAGCUCACAUGGUAUUCAACGGCACCAGCCAAGCAGAGGUCACAAGGAUCCUUGGCACCAACAUCACCCUUGAAUUCAAAUUUAACAUCAGUGUCUCAAAACAUUCUGCAGUUUAUAAAAACCACACAAAGAUUGCUGAGUAUUCAGAAGCCAAGAUUUUCUCAAAUGAAGGCAAUUUUAAUAUCUAUCACAAAAACAUGUCUGUGUUUUUCUGCAUAUCAAAUCUCACACUAAAUCACAGUGGAAUUUACUGGGCCAGUUUGUUCAUGGACUCAGGACCUGCAAAAGAAAGUAAUAACCAGGAGCAGCUGAUUGUCCGAGAGGAGAACAAAAGCAGUACAAUUCCUUCAAAGCAGAAUGACAUCACAACAAAUGAAGACAGUGGAAGUCUCAGUCACAUCGUCACUGUUCUUGUGGUUUCACCCGUCGUGCUGUUGGCUGCAGCACUUCCAUUGUUGAUCUGGUGUCUCGUGAGAACCAACGACAAACAACCACCGCCACAACAAAGCUCCAAUCCCACAGUACAAGAAACAGUUGAAGCGCCCUACACUGUGCCUGCACCCCCACUCAUCUACAGUGUCCUGGACUUUCCCAAAAGACCUUCUGCAGUUCAGGAGAUUCAUCCAAGUGACACAGAGUACGCUGCAGUCAACUAUCUCCCAGAAAAGAGACAAGUGUGACAUGCAGCUGAAUGUAAACCAGUUGCUCUGUCUUGGUCAGGGUAAAGAGAUCCAAGAUGACUUGUAAGUAUGCUAAAUGCUUUUGUUAUCUCAAUAAUGAACCCUCAGAGCAUGUAAUUUAGGCUUCUUGCAAUAAUUUAGAAGCAAAAGAGUUUGGAGGGGAAGAGUUGUGGCUUGGGCUGUAUGCAUGUCGGUGUCACUUUUUUUUGGUGGUCGUGAGAUUGAAAUGUUGCAAGUUUCUGCGGCAAACCACAAGUCAGCUCACAGCUUACACUUUUGUAACAUCAUUUUUUGGGGGUUUUGUUUGCUCUUUAUUUGUUUCAUCUUUACACUAAACCCUUAAAGGCAAAGUCUGGAGAUAUGUUUUGUUAUUGUUGACAAAUGCCAUAAAAAGACCAAAACAAUAACAAGUAUUUUCUGUAGUUAGAGUCUAAUAAACGUCUCAUUCCUCUGUUCCUUAAAACUCCGUUGCUGUCAAAAAACUAAACUAACUAAACACACCAGGUACCUUCAUUAUGAUGAACAUGGGCACUGUAGUUAAUUUUGAGUCCCAUAAAAAAAUUUUACUCACUGGAUCACCAAUUGUUUAUUAAGGCGCCACUGAAACUAGUCCCAAAAAAAGAGGAUUUCUGUUUGAGUAACACUUUCUAAAAACUAAAGUGCUCAGCUGUUUUUGGUAAAUUAUUUAUCCUUACACAUUUAAAAAGAACUAAACAUUAAACAUUGUUUUUUGUUUUUUUUACAUGCAAUACAUAUAUUUUUGUCUUCAGUAGGAUCAAACGGGACCACAAACAGGGUCAUUGCAAUCUCACGAAUGGGUUCAUAUGAUAUCAUACAAAAGGUCAUGCACACUAAAACGUAUGAUAUUAUACAAAAACUAGGAGACCGCUGGCUGGUCAUUGUACAUCGGCUACAGAGCUCCGUGCUACAAAGCGGCAGUUGUUAGCUGUUUAAGCCGCCACAGAGCUUCGAUACGCGGCUACAGACCUCCGUCACAGCUUGGUCGUAUCAGCUAGUAGAUGUGUUUAACCGCUACAGAGCAGGUCAGCGGUAGUUGGUGGUUCAGUUCACCGAGAAUAGGUGACUGUGCGUCGUGUACAGAGCACCAGGAGCUGCCGGUCAUUUCGGCGGAGUUUAGGCACAAAAAAGUGAGUGUUAUGCAGCGAGGAAAGUUCAGUUUAGGCACCAGAAUGAUUAGUUAAGUUUAGGAAAAAGGUUGUGGUUUGUAUUAAAACACCCCCAUGGAACAUGCACUUCCUGUGUGAAACUUCAAGAUGCAAACUCCACUCCCUGGCUUGAAAGUCCUGUGUGUUAACACCCACCCAUCACCCCGACUACCUUGUAUGCAGCGGCAGUCAAUGUGAUGCACUAACCCGUUCUCACUUUGAACGCGUAACAUACGGAGGUUUGGACAGUGGCUAUCCGCGUCUCAUGCAACGGAAAAGGCGCCCUUUGGCGUGUGUGUAGAACAUAUUGGGGAGAGCAGCAUCUAAAUGGGGUUUAGCAAGUAGUAUGGAAGGGGAAAAUUCUGUGUAGGGAGGUUGGUCGGGGUGGCGGAUGGAUGUCAGGGAAGCCGUUUUCUUCUUUACCAUAAGCCCACCCAAUACCUUUACCUUAAACAAACCGUCCUGUUCCCGCGAGUCAUAGAAUCGUAAGCUCAACCACAAGCUUUUCCUUAACCUAACAGCGUCAAAAGGUACGCCAAUAGUCCCAACAAAGCAUGUGUUACGUGAUGCUAUAGGAGACGACCAAGCGUGUGUUAUAUCAAAAACAACGAUGAAGGCACCUGACCAAACAUCCGUAUUUUACGAGAUGGAAGUAAGAAUGUGUUAGAUGCACACAGCCAAAAAAACUUGUAAAUCAUACAAAUUACAGUGCUUAUCUUUUCUGGGCUUUUUGAAUGUAUGGUUCAUGAAAACAGGUUGACAGGGUAGGGAAGUCAGAAAGGAUUGAGAGAUGGAUUAACAGAUGAUUUUGGUGUUUUCAUGGGAUUUGUUGAUAAUAAUAUAUAGAAAGGCCGGGCUUAUCCUUUAUGCCACAAUAAAAGCUAAAGUACCUGUAAGAAAAAUUGUCUCCAAAAAUUUAAAAAUAAAAUAAACGUUUCUGUGUGGAAGGAUGACAGAUGACUUACAAGAAAACAAAAAUAAAAUGUAACCAUUAAAUCUUCCCUCUCCAGAUCAUAUUUGGAUUCCAGUGCUGAACUUGGCUGUAGUGACAUCCAUGACAUGUUUAUUAAUAGUCUUAUCUCCAUGGAUGUGUCAAACCUUUAAAAGCUCCCUUUGGGUUUCAGGUUGAGUCAUUUUUUUUCCAAUUCUGUCAAUGAUUUUGUUUUUCAUCAUUGUGUUUGUCAGAGUUUUGACACAAAGUUUCCACGGUUAAAAUAAACAAAACUAAGAACCAUUAGUAAAAUGAAAGGAAACAAUGUAUUUAUAGUUAAGAGAUCUCAGCUUAACAGUACUGUAUGUUCGCAGGUCACGGGAGUGACUUUCCAUUUACUGUGUACUGUGACGGUUUGACACUCUCGCACCAACUAUCUGACACUAUCUCACUGCCAUUUCAUUCCACUGCAUGUUUUCAGAAGUUCUCUUUUGGCAGGUGCCUACUCUUGAUAGAUUUGUCAGACAAAGUUUUAAUUUAUGUUCUCAAUGCCACAUAUUGAUGUUAUCAAUGUGAUGAUAUCCAUGUAUUCUAUGGUAAAAACUUCUCCAACAUAUCCUCACUAGUGGCAGAUAAGCAGGGUGAUUAUUCAUCCCGGAUGUUGAUUGUUAUUCAGGACAGAGAAAAAAACUACAAACCUGGUAAAUGAUGGUGUGUGGUUUUUGAAUUGGUGACCACAAUGGCACGCAACCAAAGACUGACUGACAGACUGAAGUUUCCUCUCUGCUUUAAAACCAAAAUGAGUGAAUGAAAUAGCAAAAGUGCAUUUUGAAUGUACCAUGUUACUAAGUUGCUUGUCCUGUCAGGUGUUAUUACACAUACUACUGAACAGUUUUUGUCUUGAAAUGCAGGAGUGAUUGUCCAAAUAAAGUAAUAAUUUCUUUUUUGUGCAAAUAAUGUACUUUAUCAAUGUUGGAUCUACGCAAGACUUGUGUAAGUAAACAGAAAAUACAUUUUGUUUUGGUGGUAUGUUCACGGAGGUGUUCAAAAUGAGAAGUAAAACACAUUGUGUAUGCUUCACAGUGCGUUUAGUUGUAAAAUAAAAAUGACAAAAUGUUUAACUGCAAGCUCAGCUUGUUAAAUUGUAUAUGUUCUGAAUGAAACGUCUCAAUAA